AUUAAUCACAGCAGAGCGGUGCUUAAUCGUAUCAACCUUGACCUCCCGUUCGCAUCAUAUCAUCAAGGUCGACCAAUGGCGUUUCUGGGAGGAUCAUUGCGCGUGACGAAGAGCAUUAGCAGCCGGAAGAUGAUGGAGGGGAAGAGCCAAGGCGGGUUAGGGUCGUGGCGGCAGGCGCCAGCAGCCAUGAGGCAGCUCUUCUGGAGGGUGAGACGCGUCGUGCUGCGCCCGAAGCGCCGCACCGUGAGUUUCGGGUACGACCUCAAGAGCUACUCCCAGAACUUUGACGAUGGCCUCGUCCCUGCCCACCGCCUCUAGUGACAAACACUCGUAGGGUCCUCUUCUUCUUCUUAAUUUUACUUGCCGCCCGGCCGGACCAUGGCUCGAGGCCGGAGUGUUUGAAGACGUCAUCACCUUGUACUGCACAGAGUUUGAAGUGUACUAUAGUAUUAGACAUUACUGUUCGUGCACAAGUUUCUUAGUGUUGAAAGUCUGAGACUACCAAUGAAAUGACAGUGUAUCUACA